AUGAGUUUUCAUAGUAAAAUUGUAUUGAUUACCGGUGCUAGUUCAGGAAUCGGUGCAGCAACUGCAAUACACUUUUCCAAAUUGGGAGCAAAACUAGCACUUACUGGACGCAAUCUUGUCAACCUACAGAAUGUAGCCGAUCAAUGUGAAAAGAGUUGUUCACUAAAACCAUUUGUGGUUACUGGUGAUCUAACAAAUGAAGAUGAUACUAAAAACAUUUUGGAUUCCACUAUUUCUCAUUAUAACCAACUGGAUGUUUUGGUGAAUAAUGCAGGUAUUUUAGAAAAUGGAUCUAUUGAGUCUACAUCCCUUGAUCAGUAUGAUCGGGUAAUGAAUGCUAAUGUUCGAUCCAUCUAUCAUUUAACCAUGUUGGCUGUUCCGCAUUUAGUGAAGACUAAAGGUAACAUAGUUAAUGUAUCUAGUGUAAACGGAACCAGAUCAUUCCCUAAUGUACUGGCGUACUGUAUGUCAAAAGCAGCAGUGGAUCAAUUUACAAGAUGUGUAGCAUUGGAACUAGCUCCAAAAGGAGUUCGUGUGAACAGUGUUAACCCAGGAGUUGUAGUUACAAAACUUUUAACAAGACAAGGAAUGAGUGAAGAAGACUAUUCAACAUUUUUAGAUAAAACCAAGUUCACGCAUGCGUUAGGAAGACCAGGCACCGUCGAAGAAGUUGCCAAAGCAAUUGCAUUUUUAGCUAGUAAUGAUGCUAGUUUUACGACUGGCGAUUCAGUUUUGGUUGAUGGAGGAAGACACGCCAUGUGCCCAAGAUAA